UUUAUUUUUGUUGAAGCAGUCCUUCCUAAGGCCCAGCCUGGCAUCUCUGCAGAAAAGGAGCACCACCAGGACCCCUGAGGGACAAGUCAGCACACCAGACAGGCACAAAACAGACCACCUGCAGCCUGCCACCCCUGCUGGAAACAUGGGGAGCAAGCUGGUACCGUGUUCCCAGUGUACCACAGCCUGGCUGACUCCGUUCCAGUCUCUCAACAAGACAUCUUUCCUGUCCCAGGAAACUAGCAACACAUCCCAGGGCCUCAGGGACACGAGGGCACCCAUCUCGAUGCUCCGCUGGCUCUUGCUUCCCUCAAGCCUCCUGGCUGCAGCCACGCUGGCCCUGAGUCCCCUGCUGCUAGUGACCAUCCUGCGGAGCCAGCAGCCGCGGCAUCAGCCCCACUACCUGCUGCUAGCCAAUAUCCUGCUUUCAGAUCUCGCCUACAUUGUCUUCCACACACUCAUCUCCUCCAGCAAGCUGGGUGGCUGGGAGCUGGGCCGCAUCCUCUGCGGCAUUCUCAGGGAUGGCGUCUUCGUCGUCUAUCUCAGCACCAUCCUGUCCUUCACAGCCACUGUGCUGCAUGCCUACCUGGCGGUCACUCAUCCUCUGCAGUACCUCUCCUUUUUGUCUGGAAGGGUCACAAGGAAGACACUGGCCCUUAUCUGGCUGGUGGCCUGUUUCUUCCCCACAUUUCUCCUUUGGUUUGCCAAGCGGCAGGAUGCCAAUCUGGAGGUACAAGGGGCCAUGUGCACCCUGCCUCUGAACCUGGACAUCAAGCAGAAUCAUGGCUCCCUGGUCACAGUCACCCACACCUGCACCCUGUGUGUCCUCUUUCUUUGUGCAGCUGUCAUUACCUACUGCUUCUGGAGGAUUUAUGUAGAGGCCAGGCCUUCAGGCGUCUGCACUCAAGGCUACUCCCGAGCCAGGGGCACCCUGUUCAUCCACAUGGUGCUGAUCACACUCUAUGUGGUUGCAGGUGUGGUGUUCUCCCUGGACGUCAUACUGACCAAGUACCACCACCUCAGUGCCAGCACUCACACAUGGCUCCUGGCAGCCAACAGUGAGAUAUUCAUGAUGCUGCCCCGUGCCAUGCUCCCAUACCUGUAUAUGCUCCGAUACAGUCAACUGCUAGGGGUGAUCCGGAGGCACUUCUCAUCCAGGAGGCAGGGGAACAUCUGCACCAUUUCCCAGGGCUACCAAGCCUACAAUUUGGCAGGAUGAUGUCAAAAAUUAUAUGUCAAAGCACAUUCCACUCUUUAGGGGGAGCUCAAGGGAUGAUUUUUAAAUGUCAGUAGUUGUUAGUCAGAGAAAGCUAUCUUUUUUUUUUUUUUUUUUUUUUUUUUGUCUUUUUCGUUUUUAUUGGUACCAGGGAUCGAACUCACGACUGCCUGCUUGCAAGGCAGGCGCUUAUGCCGCUGAGCUAAAUCCCCUGCCCCGAGAAAGCUAUCUUGUAAUAAAAACUCAGCUUUAGAAUAAAAGCAAGUAAAGGUUAUCCAACCAGGUACGUUGGAUAGUGAAGAUAUAAAUAAAGAUAUAGAUAUCAUCCCUUAUAGAGGGCAGCAGCAAGAUCAGUUCUAAGGGGGCAAGGCCUUGACUGGUGACCCUGCGUGGCUUCUUCACGAGCUUCACUGCUAACAAACACAGAAGCCAGAACAUUCUGUGAGCUAAAACCUGGAGAGAUCUCAGGCAGAUCUGUAGAUUCCUGAGAUUUAGGCCUCUGCUCAGGCAGCUGCUCAGGGUAAGGGAGUGCCAAGAGGACCUGCGCAGGACUUGCUUAAGUGGGAAGUGUCACAGAGACACCACUAUAGAACUGGAAUUGCAAAGUAUUAUCCUCAGCACAAGCAAAGAUAUAAGACAUUGAAAGGGUUUUGGCCGAGGCGGGAUACUGUAGCCUGUAAAGCCAAAGAGCUCCUAUCUCCCCCUCCCUUAGGAAUCUGCUCCUGGUGCCAAAGACCAAUGGGCUACCUGUGCAUCCCUAAUGGCCCCCUUAGGUUCCACCCCAAGCCAAGGCUACUUAUGUGCCUCACUCCACGUGUUCCACGGAAAGAUUGCAGGCCCAGGUGUGGAGAUGCCACGCCCCAGGGUGUUGGGGGUAUCUCUCCCCACAUUCCCAGAAUAAAGGUUAUAUUUCAUACUUCUUAUCUUUUCAGCUGCCGCCGGUCCC